AUGAACAACAACCCGUACCAGUCGUUGUCGCGCAACCGAUUUGCUCCCAUGGCGCGCAAGGGCAGCGAGGACAUGUCCAACGCGGGAUCGGGGCACUUGCAGCACGCACAGCUGCCUUCUAACAUGCCGACACAACAGGGACAACAGGGUCAACAACAGGGUGGUCCAGGACAACAGGGUCAUAUGGGCCAGGGUCCUGGGCAGGGACAGGGGCAUAUGGGUCAUGGACUAGGCCCUCCAGGGCAGCAGGGCAUGCCGGGCCAGGGUUCUCCUCAACCAGGACCCCCCCAAGGUCUGGGAAUGGCUGGUCAUACACCCCAGCCCGGUCAUAACCAGCCGAAUCCCAACCCAGGUCACACUCCUCAACCUGGUCAUAACGCCAAUCCGGGCCAUACGCCCAACCCAGGCCAUACUCCUAACCCUGGACAUCCACAGAACCCCCAACAGCAACAGCAGCAGGGCCAGCCGGGUAUGCCUAAUCAUACGCCUAACCCCGGCAACGCUCCUACGCCUGUUCCGGGCCCCAACCCCGGUCCCGGCGUCUCGGGCCCCUCACCUAACCCCGCGGGACUGGGACAGCCCGGAAUGGCACAGCCUGGGUUAGGACAGCCCGGCCAGAUGGGCCCUGGAGGCCCGAAUUCGAAUCCAGCGUUUGCUGCAGCCCAAGCUGCCAAACUGCAGGCUAUGAACCGUAUGGGAAAACCAAUUCAGCCUGCUCAAGGAUUCCGGAAACAGAUCGUCGGUACCGCUAUUGUGCGUCUUUUGCAGUACUGCGAGAUUCUGGGAACCACCAACGAGGCAAUUCUCACCGAUAUCAAUUUUUGGAAGAAGUUUGUCGGUGAUUUCUUCUCUGAAAAUGGACUCAUGCGGUAUUCCGUGUCUAACGGUAAAGAAACGAAGCAAUUCGAGGUCCCCUUGCAGAUCAUCCCGCGAUAUUAUCACACGUUCUUCAUGAGUAACACAAAACGGAUUCAGAUUGUGCUGGAGAACCCGCGUGAGUUUCUCACAUCCCAGUCGGGCCAUUUUGUGCAAUGUACUAGGGCCUCUGUGAUUUAUACCUUUAAGGAUGGCGUUUCUGUGGUCUCCACUGGAUCUAUGAGAACUCUCCUGAAUCGGUUUUUGCGAAUCGAAUGGCUGGAUUUCCAUACUCUGGAGCAUCAGGAGAUGGUUCUGCGUCAAAACAUCCCCCAGAUGAUCCAGUGGGAUAGAGACAACAAUCAGGGUCAGAAUAACAACGAGGGGGGGCCUCCUUUUAGUCUGAAACCCUCGAACGUCACGUCUUUCGGAGUGGCUAGCUCUGUGAUGCGGUGUCUUGAGAUCUCGGAAACAAUGUCUCAUAUGCGCGACCUUAUGAUGUUUUCGCUCCAGACUAAUGUCACUGGUCCUCUGCAUGCACUCGAGACCUUUUCCAAGGUUCUCCAGAACCGAGAUCAGGGUCAGGCAGCGGGAUUAGGACAAGCGCCAGGGCUUGGACAGCCUCAGGGCGCUGGAAUGGGACCUGGACAGGGUAUGCCUGGUAUGGGUGGUCCUGGAAUGGGACCUGGAAUGGGACCUGGAAUGGGUGGACCCGGUAUGGGAGGUCCCCAUGGACUUCAAGGACAGCAGCAAGCUCAGCAGCAAGGCCAACUAGGCCAGCAACAAGGCCAGGGUCAAGGUCAAGGCCCGGGUCAAGGACAAGGUCAGGGCCAACCCGGACAGGGCCAGCCGGGACAAGGACAGAAGGGGUAUGAUUUUGAAAAAAGUCCCAGGAGUAAGAGGAGGAGACAGAGUAAGGAUGAGAAGUGA